AUGAAAAAAAAAAAAAAGUUACGCCGAAAUGCCAGGAAGAUAACAGACCACCUCAAGAAAAUCGAACAGGAGUGUAGUCAGUUAAGCAAACACAUUAGGAAAGUAGAAGAGGAGAGUAGGUCAUUUGUAAUAACCACUGCUUUAUUGAAGAAGUACCACUCUUAUGUGGAUAGUAAUUUGAUGAAUAAUGAAGUCUCCAUUUUUUCCUCAAGUAGUUUUUUUCUAAACAGUUGUGGGAUUGUUUUUUCAUGGAAAACCAUUUUGGAGGAACCCAAAAAUGCGACUCAGGAUGGAUGCUACAGUGGUUAUGUGGAGAGUCGUCAUUCUGACUGCACAUUUGGGGGGUCUCAUAUGACCGUGCACCGGACGCUUCACGGGACGAGUAAAUUUCUGUGGAGGGAGGCAGAGGUUUCCUUUUCCGAUGUUUGUAGUUCCCCUGGUAGCAUAUCCCCAGUUGGCAGUAAUCCAAUAUCUGGGAAGAAGCCCAAAUGUGGGAGGAUAAAUUUUCCCCGGGGUGGAAGGAGUUGGAGCGACUGUUCGGGGGAUACGGCUGGUGACGAUAACGGUGAGUUGUGGGGCGCGGAGGGGGAAAGGGGAAAAGUGUUCCCUGGAAAAAUUAGCCAAUUGUUGGGCCAAAAAAUGGGUAGGAAGGAAAGAAGCCACGAAAAAAAAAAAUGCGCGAUAAAAUCAAACCGUUCGUAUUACUCUGGUGAGAGGGAAAACCCCUACACUAACGGAAUGUUGGACUUUUCUGAAGAGGGCACUUCGGAAAACAGCAAACGCGAUGAACGGAGCGUAGCUAACCAAUUGAAUGAAUUUACUAUUGCACCUAAAAAUGAAGAUAAAAGAAAAUGUGAAAAAUCUGCUGCCUUUUCCCCUUUAAAUAUGUCCGAGGGUGAACCUAUGGCCCAUGUCGGUGCAGACAGCGGAAACCGCAACGAGGACAAUGAGAACGAUGAGAAGGAAGGACACGAUGAUAAAAUUUCUACCGACUCGUACAUUAGUAUGAUCAGUAAGGGAAAUGUCUUUUCCUUUUUUACGAACAAGAAUGAGAACAAAUACAACCCCUUUUGCCAUUUUGUGAAUAACGUAAAGAGGAUUUUCUUCCUCAGUGAAAAGGAGGAAAAUCAAAAUGGAAGGUGCACAGGUGAAAAAGAGAAAAAAGAACUCAUGAACUCGCUACGAUUUAAAUGUUUAGUGAAGUUCAAAAAAAUUAUAAUGUACGCAUGUGUGUGUCCACACUGCGGAAAACAUUUCUACCUUUUGCUAAAGAAGAGCGGAAGGAAGAAAAUCAUGCCCAGGGUUUUGUCCCCCUCCCACUUUUUCUCAAUAAUUACCCUCUUGAGAGAACAGUGGAAGGAUGCAGUUGAAGGGGGGAUAAACACUGGGGACAACGAUAUCCCUCACUUGGAUAUAGCUCACCUAGAUACCCAUUUGAUUGAAUAUUUUUCCGACUCUGUGAUGACUCACCACGAGAUUGGCAAGAACAGCGAUGAGCAUUUUUGCAACUGCUAUGUAGGGAUGGACGAGGGGGGCGGUAGCCUCUUCGGGGAUGCCAACGUCUUGGCCUACUUGUGA